CAACGUAGCACAGACAGCUCGCGCGGGGCCGUGCACGCGCAGGACGUUGAUAAGAAAAUUGCAAGACAUUAGUUAUAUAUAACAUAUAUACUGUAUGUCACUUUCAUUAGAGCCAAUGUGAAGAACUGGACGAAGGGAUUCGCGUGUAUUACACAUGGAGCGUCUUGGAUUGGAAAGGCUAUUAUAUACUAUAACUGCUGAUACUUUAUUAACGGUGAUGUAAAGUUAAGAGUAAUUGAGGAUUUUGUAGGCUACCGGACAAAGGACAGCACAUGUAUCACUUUAUAUUCAAGAAUGUCCUAUUUUGUUUUUAUUUUUAUUUUUUUUUUAGAUUUUUAAAAAGUCUAAUUUGACUUUUAAGGCAUUUUUUAACGCCUGAACAGGUAUUUUACACAAUGUUCUCCAUACUUUUUAAUCUCAGAUAAUAUAAUUAGAGGUAUUUUAAUUAGUCUGGACCAUGUGAAAUAAUUUAGUGAGUGUAAAUAACCAGCUGUGGAAUCCGGGAUUUUGGUGCAUUGCCGGGAAAACUCUUUUCGCUUUAAUCCGCAAACUGCCUCUCAAAGGACUUCAAAUGGGCCGCUUGCUCCUCAGAAAAGAGACUCAUUCUGCUGUGGAGGGUAAUUUGAAUGUUUGCGCACCGAGAGGAAUGUCGAGCCUGCACAGCCGCUGAAGGACUCAAUACUGCUGCUUAAUUAACCCGAUAUUUGAUCACUAGCCGCAGCCGCCGCUGUCCGGCCCCAGGUGCUGAGCGUCCCGUGCGCGCUUCUCUCAAUGCGCACUGUCCCGCGGAGCCCUGCAGCGGCACGGCAGCAAGAUGAGCUCGCGGAUCCCGCUUCUUCUCGCAGUGCUUGCGGCGGCGUGUCUUCGGAUCGGCAGUGCAGAGGUGGAUCCUCUCCCAGCUGCUGUGGUUGAGUUGGUGAAGGGUGGUUCACUGACCUCUAUGCAGGAUCUGCAGUUUCUGCUGUUGUCUGAGUCCAUCGAGAUCGAGCCAGACAGUCACUAUGACAACGACACCAGCAGUCGUCUGCCACGGAGUCUUCUCGAUGCUCAGCCUGCUCAGCAAGCCAUCUGUAAGGUCAGGACAGAGGUCAUCGAGGUCACCCGCUCCAUGUUGGACCGAAGUAAUGCAAAUUUCCUGUUGUGGCCUCCAUGUGUAGAGGUGCAGAGGUGUUCAGGGUGCUGUAAUACUAAGAGCCUGCAGUGUGUUCCUGUACUUACACACACACGAUACCUACAGGUGAUGAAGAUACAGUAUGUGAACAAGCAGCCGCUCUACGAUAAAGCCAUCGUCUCUGUCCUCGACCACGUUGAGUGCCGCUGUCAGCCACCCCCUCGUUCCACCCAGCGUAGGAAAUCGUCUGCCACCAAACAGGUAGCGCGGGAUCGCUUGGGGAAACCUCACUUUAAAGAUGAGCUCCACCGCAGGGAUGAACUCAAACACAACCAGAGGCUCAGCCUGGAGGACCUUCUGAGCCAAAGCUGGCUGCCCAAGGAGAGGCUCUCUGAAUCGGGAGCACCGGAUGCCUUCAACCCCUCUGGAGAGAUCAAGCUGUCUUUUGGCCGUGAUGGCUGGGGUCUGAAUGAGACGCAGUAUGGAGGGAGCAAAGGUCAUCUCCAUUACCCUAGGGACAGAUGGAGACAUCAUGGAAACAUGAAUGACACAAAGGUGUCUCCACUGCCAUAUCAUACAGAGCGAGAAGAUACUGAGAAGGUUGAUUCUUCACUGCUUAAUGUUACAAAGGCCAGUGAAAGAGAGCUAUCAAAUGCCCAAAUUGAAUCACAGGCUAAUGCUAACCAAAGUAUAACCAAUCUAACAUCUGAAUAUGAGACUGGUUUAAUGGAACCGACCAAUAAGACUUUUAACCAUCACUCAAAUCUCAUGCAAGAAAUCAACCACACCAAUAGUGAAGAAAUCGAACAUUUACAAAGACAUGAACCCAACUUUACAGCAUGGACCAAUCAGAAUCAUGAACAUAAGGCCCCGCCAACAGAACUGACCAAUCAGACCGAUCAGCUCACCUCAAACACCACACAAAUAUCCAAUCAAAAUCUAGGAGAUGUGUUUCUGUCUUCAGAGGAGAACAGUAAGAAUGUGAGAGGUGAUGAGACUUCAGACGUAGGGAGUAGAGAGGAGGAGAAGAGAAGUUCCAGCCCACAAGUGGAGAGAAAAGCAAAAGAGAUGGAAGAACUUUUGUUACUUCACAAACCGCUAGGUGAAGAAAAACACAAACAUCACCUCAAAGUACAGCAAACAAGUACACAACAGGACGACAAACUACAACAGCUCCACCACAAACAUAAACAUGACCACACAACCACAACCACACAACGAACAGGAUCCACAUCUCCUCCUCCACAACGGUCCCCUCCACGCACACCUCCCAAACCAACUCCUCACCCCAUAAAACGGAGGAGAAAACAGCGCAACCGCAUCAGCAAAUCUGCCAUGAGAGCGCUGCUCAUGUAGCACAAACACACACAGACAGAUGUUCAGAUGGGUGCUAUCUCGCCUCCCUAACAUUCUGCCUAACAUCUCGUUUUGUGUUUCAUGGAAGAAAGAAAGUCACAAGGAAGUAUGCUGUCCAAAAACAGCCUCCUACAAACUGCUGUUCUCACUGAAUUGGACCAUUCUUGCAGGUUCUUCUUCACAUUUUCAUCAAAUGAAGAUUCUCUCUCAAUGCUCCAGUUGGCUCCUUUAGAAUGGACCUUCAAUCUGAAAAAUGGAACCAAGACUGGGACUUAAGGAGCAUGUUAAUUAGAAAGUUCAGAACAUUGGAAGUAAAGAGGUUGAGAACAUUGGAGAAGAAUAUUGGAAUGAAAAAUAUAAUGCUGGGUAACUGCAGCAGACCAGAGUCUGUUCCUGUCUGGGUAAAAUAUGGAAAAGAAUGGCCUGACAAAACCCAUAACCACCAUUUUCCUCGUAACUACUAUCUAUCACUAUAAAAGUUCAAACCUAUGCUCCAUCUCACUUUUUUUUUUUUUUUUUGCCACUCCAUAUGAAAGCAGUUGACUUUUUUCUUUUAUUUUGGAACCAAUGAUAAUCAAGUCUUGAAUAGAAAAAAACACUAGGAUUGAUGGUGAUUUCAAGAAACAUUUGAUAAAUGAACCAUAUAUUUUUUUGGGCAGAAAUGGUAUUAUCAUCAAAGAAGACCAGAAAGAAAUCUUUUAGGAAGUGUCAAAUGUGACAAAAAAUUUUUAUGUCAUAUUUAUUCAAAUUAUGUGGUUUUACCUAAAACGGACAGACAGAGAGAAAGCUUGAUCAACUUGAUUAACAGAAAUUUUAUUUUAAUACAUUACCAGCCAAAACCCCAAACUACCUUUUCUAUAAAUUGUUUGUUGAAUUAUUUUUUUAAAUGAUUAUUUAAGCGAUUCUUAACACUGGAAAUUCACACAGGAUAAAGAAAGAGACUGUUUAUAUCUCUAAUAAUUCUUCAUACCUCUAAGAGUGUAAAUGUGCUACAUUAUCACACAAAAGCAUUAAGAGUUUUUCAUUAAUAUUAUUUAUUCUGUGUAAAUCUUCUAUUCUGUUCACAGCAGACCCAGUGUUUUGUCUUAGUCUUACAAAUCACUCACCAAAAGACCAAAAUGUGGAUUUUUGUAGUAUGUUCAUGUACAGGUCAAUAUCUAUGUUGGAUCUUUACUAAAAAUUCAGAUGGUGCAGAAUUUGCACUCAUUUUAAUGCAUUGAAUAAAACUGAAACACUAACCAUCAAGGUGUAACGGAUGCUCUCCUUUUUACCUUUGCUGAUUUGACAGAGGGUUCUGAUUACAUUUCAGCACAUUGGGAUAGUUCACUCAAAAAGGAAAAUUCUGUUAUCAUACACAUCCUUAUUUGUAAGUAAAUUACAUUAUUUGCAUUUUUACACAAACUAUACUUUAACACACUCAAACCAUUUUACAAAACUCAGCCCAGCCUGGUAGAGUCCCAUGGCCGUAUAAAUGCUAAAAUGGGAUGUCCCAGAGGUUUUUGGUGCUGCUGUGUCUAGAAUAUUUAUUGUCUAUCACUAAAUGAAGUUCCACUGGCAGUCAGAGGUCUUUAGCGGAAAAGUUUAUUCCGUUGUUACUCCGGGGAGUCAUGUUGUUUGUAUUUGUAUUUGGGAAGGUGACAAAUAUGUUCCUGCACUAAAGGAUCCUGAUUAAAAUUCCCCUGUUAGCUGAGCAUAAAGCGGCCAAGAGGCUUUUUCUCAAGGGCACUGACAGAUCUACAGUCUUAAGUUGAGUUUUCUUGAAACAAACUGUGGUUUUAAGGGUAAUAUUUUUUUUUUUGUGUGAAUGUUUUAGGAUCCCUGACAUCUAGCUGUGAUAACAAAAUACAUUAAUGUUGAUAACAGUACAUUACGCUUGACCAGCAUAUAUGCAAUGCAAAAAAUUACCCAUCAUACUGUUUAUUUUUGUUUGGUCUGCAUAUGAAUGGUUGUGAGGGUGUCCUGCUUCGCUGCGGCCCACCCGGACAGACAGACGCACUCCUUCAUUUCAUAUCUGACUUGCUCCCUUGAUAACAGGAAUUUAUGUACUGAAUUAAUGGCAUUAAUUAUACAUUCCCUGCAUUCCUCCUGGAGUAGAGAGGCAGUGAGAGUCAGUUAAUGAACUCAGAGUUGGUACUGUAGCCUAAUUCACAACCUAAUACUUGAAGAUGUUCAGAUGAGCUUCAGACAAUUUGAUAUUUUGAUGUAUGAAUUUCUGGAUGGGAAUUUAACUUAAUCAUGGAAUAAAUUUCAUUCUAAAUGGCCAUUAAAACACUGAGAACCCUAUAAAGUAGCUGACUCUGGCAAAGGAUUUUAAAUGUGUAUGUACACUUACAUAGUGUAAAACCACUUUGCAAAUUUGUAUACAUAGGGAAUAUACAAAACCAAAAAGUGCCAAU